CGCCAAGCUGCACCAACUCCAGAGCGGCGACUCUAUACCACGGAAACUCACGCGGCAGACCUGCUUCUGGCACGUUUGCAGUUGCCCUGCAAAAUCAUCGACUGCCAAUCCUGCACCCAGCAGCCAUGCGCCGUUGUUGAUUUACGUCUAGGCAUUGGUAGGGUGCUUCCAAAGUAGUUGCCAUAGUCAAGUCAAGGGCCGGCCAUACGCUGAGGACGCUUCUGCAUUGCUCCGUCAUGGCAGUGCCAAUGCUGGACGACGGCACAGACAUGCCACUAGACUUUGUCGAGUGCUCUAGUCUCACGUAUUUCGUCCCUCUGGAUUCUGCUCUCGACCUCGAAACCGCGUUCGACCCAUCAGAUGCGGAACCCUUCGCUGGUGUAGACUGCCGCGAGUCCUUAUUCUUUGAUGAAAAUGUGCAACUUUACUUGGUUCUCAAGACUACACAUGGCGACAACGAGUCACUGCAAGCCAUUCUGCGCGGGCUGAGCAUAGCAGUCGAAGCGCAGGUGGUCAACAAUAGCGGGCUCGACAAGGACUCGGCCGCGUCGUCAGAGGUCAUCUUCUCUGGCACGCUCAACGGCUCAGAGAGCCCACAGAUUGUCAGCUCUGUCGGGCGCAACGAAGCCGCCGGUUGUACAUGCGUUGUUUGGAAACUCCCGGUCUUCCUGGCGCGCCCAAGGAUGCGACUACAAAAGCCCGCCGUGAUCAUCACCGCCAAUGCCAGUCUCAUGUCUACUACCUCAUCGGUGGUUGAUGCCUCCAGCGAUGGGUAUUUGACCAGUGGUGUUCCCUCCUCGCUGAAUCUGCUUGGGGCUAUCGGUACAGAUCCGUCGCUCAACGGUGUCAAGCCUCGCUUGUCUGCACUGCGUGUGUCACGGGUGGCUCCGGUGACACAGCAUGCGCAAGAUCACCUGAGACCAAUCAAGUCUUUGUCCAAGCUGACGACUAAAAUCUUCCCGGUAUGCCACUCACGCGUCCGCUUCUCUCGGCCCAAUGCCAAACCGACAACUACCACAGUCAUCGCCAUCCUUGAGGUAGACUUCACACCCUUCUUCGACUGCGAGGUCAUCCUCAACAGCAUCACCCUCGAAUUGGCGGAUGGCACGGUAGAAAACCUCACAGACCAUGCGGACCUGAGACUCCCCCUAUCGUGUGUCGCCCACGAUCAUGUUGUAUUUCUGUAUAGAGUCGCUCCCGCCGAUGACCUAACAGUGGCUAAGAACCCGACAAGGGACAUGGACAUCACCAUUACUGCCACAGCACUUGUGGAGCCAGGACAAUGCGAGCCCGAGCUCAAGAUGGCAUGGAGGGCAGCUGUCGACUUCACACUACCCUUGAACCCAGGAUAUGGCGCCACGAUGCAGCCUAUGCAGCGAUCUCAUCGGCCAGGCCAACUUUCCAUCGGGGGUGACAGCAUGACUUCGCUGAUCGCACCGUCCGUCGCGCGACCCGAUGCUCUUCCGUCGCUCGAGGCCUCCACGACGAGAGUUGAGAAGUCGGUGCCUGAACUCGGCAUCACAAUGACCUUUACCGCACCUCCCACGGAUCUCAAGAUUAGCAUUGGGAGCGAGUUUGCGUGGAACAUAUUCAUAGUCAACCGCUCUUCAUCAGCAACGAGCAUGCGGAAGCUGGCGCUGGUCGUCAUUCCCCGUAGAAGACGCAACGAAGCACGCGUGACCCGGCCACCGUCCAUGUCGCGUCCAUUCGGUAGCUUCAGCAGCAUAGGUCAACCGCACGGAAAGGCCGCCGCACAACGCGAUCGUUCUGUAGCGGAUGCUGUGAUGGACGACAAUAUCGUGCAUGCCAUGCAGCGCAGCAGUAUCGUCGACAGCGCAGACGUCGCGUGUCUGAGCGGUGAUGUCCGCGUGGGGCCUCUGGCGGCAGGUGCUUGCCAUUCAGUCGAGCUCAAGUUUCUCGCGCUUAGGUCCGGCAUCGUGAGCGUUGAGGCUGUGAGGGUUGUGGAUUUGGCUACGAAUGAGCACGUUGAUGUCAGGGACCUGCCGACGACGAUCGUCGAGGCUCUGGACUAGUUCCAGUCACGGCUCGACAUGAAGAUCCUGUCGAGGGCCAGUUGUUCAUCAAUCACAAUCACAUCCACGCGGCGUGUAGCACCUAGAGCCAUUAGCGGCAGACAUUGCAUCUUUGAUCACCACAUAUCCUGGGUUUUUUUUUUCAAGACAUCUGCGCAAGAGAAUCAUGCCA